CCCAUCCCAUCUUCCCCUUCAGCACCGCACCCCUUCAUCGAACCAAGCGAGAUGGAUCAUAGCCACGAGGCCGAAGCAAUGGCUCCUCCUGCCAAAGUUCGGAAGACUGUAAAGUCCCGCCUCUCCCUUCUCUGCUUGUUACCAGCGCCAGUCGAUACUAAGCAAAGUGAAGCAGACUCAUACGCCUGCCACUGCAGCGAAGCCGCCUCUGGCCAAAGAUGAUGGCGACAUCUUGUUGAAGUGGUCUGAGCUCCGGGGCGAACAUGGGUUCUUUUCGGCGAAAUGUUGGUUGAAGGACCUUGCCAUGAUGAAGAAGGACAAUGCCGACAAGGGACCUCGUGCCAUAACCGUGAAAGCCGGCGCAACACCUGUCAAGAACAUACGCACCAUAUCUACCUUUCAUCCCGAUAGUCUCGAACGGCUCAUCGCUGAUCAUGCUCUGGAAUGGCUGAAGAAAGGAUUCAUCGAUGUUGAAGACGCGGCACAGAGGGAAGGCGUGGUGAAGAUUUUCGAACGAGACCUUGAUAGCUACCACGCCAAAGACUGCCUCGAAUGGCUAUGGAGUGAGUGCUAUGCGCUUGACGCGUUCUCCAAUCCCACGCCUCUUCUCGAGAUCCGUGGCAGAGCCCAUGCGGAUGCAGUGAUUGCUGCGCGCGGUGGUGUUAUUGAGGUGCUGUUGGACCGCGUACUGCUGUACGACUACGGCUGGAGCGAUCCGGAGUGCAUGGAGGGUGACGAGGAAGUAAAGUCGGAGCUUCAAUCUCCGAUUCGCUUCACCAUGCGAGGCCAUGCAACGAUUAAGACACGCAGUGGCACCCUCAAGACUUUGAUGGACGAAUUGGAGCUGGGAAAGCAGAACGAGGAUGAACUAAAGCUGGGAAAGGAAGAGGAUGGGGAAACGGAGGUGGGAAGCGAGGGCGAUGACUAGCUGGAUGGAGAUGCUAGGGUUUACAAUGUGCAGGAAGAUGAGGCAACGACUGAGUGCCGCAGUAAUGCGCCGCAUUCCUCGCGCCGUUUUCCCCUUCCCCAAAGCGAGCAUCGUACAUGUCACAUUGCAUCGGUGGGCUCAUCGAUAGAUCAGCUUCAGCAGUGAGAAUUGUAAAG